AUGGGUCGUUGGGGAUAUCGCGUCUUCGAGGGCGACAACGACAUUGACGUUGCCUGUGCAAUCAAGUGCCCCUACGGAACGGGGAAGGACAAUGACCUUCGCCUGGUGCAAAUGGUUAACCAGACCGACAUGAUGGCCCCUCCUGAAGUCCGGGAAUUCUACAAGACCUCUGAGUACCGCGAGGAGUUGGACGCAAUCAUCAUGUCAACCCGCGAGAAGCUGGACACGGGCCUGGGCGACCAACUUUUCACCACGUACCGUGCUCUUGAGCACGAAGAUCAGGGCAAGUAUCGGGUUAUCAUCGUUGGUGCGUUGAUGAUGCGUGCCGGCGCCCGCAUCCGUCAGGCCGAUCUUGAUCAUCUGCGGGAGCUGGCUGAGGGUUUCGCUGGCAGGCAUGGCUACGUGUCGCCCAUUGCUGAGGAUGGCUUCCGUCAUGUUGGAAAGGUCCAGUUCCUCGCCGCGCUGGAUCAUUAUGAGGCGGGCACCCCGCGUGACUUUGGCGAGCCCUGGUGCGUUCAUCAUCUGGACGAACUACUUUGGAACAUUCUAAUUCGUGUGUGUAGCUGCUUCCAGUGCGGAAAGAUCAAGGCGGACAUCGGACAAGCGCCCAAGAAGUGCGGCAAGUGUGGCAGAGCCUGGUUCUGCAACGUCGAGUGCCAGAAGGCCGCUUGGAAAACCCACAAGCCCGUCUGCAAGACCCUUGAGCAGUGUCGAUUUGUCAAUGUUUAA